AUGAAGAUCCAAUUCAUCUCCCUCCUCCUGGUCGCCUCAGUCGCCAUGUCCAGACCCGUCCCUUCCUCCACCACCACCACCACCAACGCGGCGCUGGAUCGCCGAACCCUGAUCGGAGACGAAUACACGGUCACCAACCAAGUCGACAACUCCCGUGGCAAGAAGACCUUUAGAGUUGACCAUAACGGAGACUCAUCCGUCCACAAAGGUCUCAUCAACGACCUUGUCGAUUCCUCUCGUAGCGGGGCCGACGACGCCGAUGAGGGUAUUCUGUUCCGUCGCCGUAGUCUCCUCGGCGAUUUGUUCGGCGGGAACAGCAUGUCCAUCAGUAACGAGAACGAUAACUCCAAGCACACCCAGACCAAGAACGAGCACGAUAACCGGCACACUACCAUCACCAAGAUCCACAAGGAACAAAACUCUAACGAUGACGAGGACGAAGACGAUUCUAUGUCCCCUGAUUCGUUCUUCGACAAGCGCGGCAACGGCGAUGAACAUGGCGCUGCCUCGGCUUCCGUGAACCGCCGUGGGUUGUUCGGUGGCGACUCGACAACGAUCAACAAUGUCAACGACAACUCGAAGCACACCCAGACAAUGAACGUCCACAACAACCGUGAUACCACCAUCACAAAACUUCACAAGCAACAACAAUCUAGUCGCCACCGUCCCCGUCGAGGUGACGCGACCAUCCCCAAGGGCUUCUUUGACCGCCGCAGCGACGAAUCGAACGACAUGAACCGCCGCAGCCUUUUGGGCGAUCUGUUUGGCGGGAACUCUAUGUCGAUCAGUAACGUCAACGACAACUCCCAAACUAAGAAGACUCUCAACUCUCACGGAAACCGCAACACUCGCAUCACCAAAAUCCGCAAGACCACCAACUCUCGCCACCGCGACGGCGACAACGACUCGGAUUCGGAUGCAAGCUUCUUUGACAAGCGUGGAUUGCUGUUCGGCGGCGAUGAUAUGGUGAUCAACAACGAGAACGACAACUCCCAAACCAAAAAGACCCUCAACUCCCAUGGAAACCGUCACACCCGCAUCAAUCGCAUCCACAAGUCUUCCCAUGGCUCUGGUUCUGGUUCCGGCUCGAACUUCUUCGACAAGCGCGGUCUUUUGUUCGGCGACAAGUCGACGGUGAUCACCAACCAGAACGACAACUCACAGAACAAAAAGACCUUUAACUCUCACCACGACCGCAACAACAUUAACAGCGCUACAGUCGAGAAGAACAUGCUUGCUGUCGAGGACGGAUUCUGA